AUGGCUGCGCUCAUAGACACGAGAAUAUUGCUCCAAAAAUUCAGAGGCAUCCCUUCUAUAAUCCCGCGGCGAAAUCGUGUGAAAGCAAAAUGGGCAGCCACACGGCCAAGGUUUCCUGCGACUGGCCUGGCCUUACAGAACUUCGACAUGAACUACGGCACACAGCUGGGAGAAAUCUGGCCAUCUGUACGCGUCAGCAUGCUCUCCGAGCAGAAGUACGGGGCUCUCAUGAACAACUUUGCAGCGCCGGAGGUGAUGCGAGACUUAGAGCUGCAGGGAGCGAGGGACUUCGUUUACUUUGAUGUGUCGUCGGGUGAAGAGAGGGACACUGCGCAGGAGCAUUCGCAGGGCCUACCGAGCAGUGUCCUGACCUCAUCAGAAACGCUGGAGGACACCCUGCGUCCAGCUCUCAGUCCGAAUAUCAAGUGCUUUGUGUUUCCUAAGGGUGACAUCUCUCGCUUCAGACCCGCCAGGCCAGACAGCUGUGGGAGUCUGGGAUACUACCUCCUGGACGCGGCCUCUGUGCUGCCGGUCCUGGCCUUGGACGUCCAGGAGGGACACACCGUGCUGGACCUCUGUGCUGCUCCGGGAGGGAAGACCCUGGCUCUCCUACAGACCCUGGCCAUCAGACGCCUCGCUGUCAACGACGCCUCUGUGUCCCGCACAGCCCGUCUGCGCCGGGUGUUGCAGAGCUACAUUCCCAAAGAGCUCUGGACAGAGGACCGGGUUCGCAUAACUUCCUUUGACGGCAGGAAGUGGGGCGAGCUUGAAAGAGAAGCAUUUGACAGGGUCCUUGUGGAUGUUCCAUGCACCACAGAUAGACACUCUCUGCUGGAGGAGGACAACAACAUCUUCAAGAGGAUCAGGACCAAGGAGAGGCAGACGUUGCCCUUGCUGCAGACCCAGCUGCUGUUGGCAGGGAUACAGGCAGCCUGCCCAGGAGGGGAUGUGGUUUACUCCACCUGCACCCUGUCCCAGCUGCAGAAUGAGUGUGUGGUGGAGCACGCUGUCCACCUGGCCCAGGAGGAGAUGGGCAUCACCGUCCACGUCCGGGACCUGCGGCCCCUCACCCACCUUUUCAGGGACACCUUCCACUUUGCCCCAAACAUCCGGCUCGGGGAGCUGGUCCUCCCGCACCUCACUGCCAACUUCGGCCCCAUCUACCUCUGCAAGCUGCAUCGGGUCAGCUAGGCCUGCCCGUGAUUGGUCAAGACUGGUCACAUGCUUGACAGGGCAUGAGGGGGAAGGUGUGUUUGUAGCUCCAGAGUGUCACAAAGGGCUUAUGUCCUGGACAUUCCUCACCUUCAGAAAGACGCAGCACUGAAAAACUGCACCAGUUGUACAGUAUGUUCUAUAUGUGAAAUGUAUUUAUUCUCUAUGGGUGAGUUAUCAUAUAUAUUUUAAAAACAGCUAUGUUUGUAUGCUCGCUUACGUUAAA